GCUCUGCGCGCGCGGUCUGUGAGUGAGGAGGGAUCGAAGGGUCCCGCCCGGAAGCUGCCGGAAGCUCUUUGGGUCAGGCUUUCGGGGCGCGGGACCCGGCAGGUUGCGUCCUUGAGCUCUCCGCCUUCCCCAGAGGCCCUCUCGGACGGGAGCUGAGCGUUCCUUGGCGCUGCCCGGCAGACGCGCAGCCGGACCAUGAGCGUGGGCUUCAUUGGCGCCGGCCAGCUGGCCUCCGCUCUGGCGUGGGGCUUCACGGCCGCAGGGAAAGCACGCCGACGACCACCCGUUGAAAGGCCCUGUUUUCUGCAGGCAUCCUGUCCGAUCACAAGAUUAUAGCCAGCUCCUCGGAAAUGGACCUGCCCACGGUGUCCUCGCUCCGGAAGAUGGGUGUGAACCUGACCCGGAGCAACAAGGAGACAGUGAAGCACAGUGACGUCCUCUUCUUGGCUGUGAAGCCGCACAUCAUCCCCUUCAUCCUGGAUGAGAUCGGGGCCGAUGUCCAGGCCAGGCACAUCGUGGUCUCCUGUGCAGCCGGUGUCACCAUCAGCUCUGUGAAGAAGAAGCUGAUGGCAUUCCAGCUGGCCCCCAAGGUGAUUCGCUGCAUGACCAACACACCUGUGGUGGUACGAGAGGGUGCCACGGUGUAUGUCACAGGCACACAUGCCCUGGUGGAAGAUGGGCAGCUUCUGGAGCAGCUCAUGAGCAGUGUGGGCUUCUGCACAGAGGUGGAAGAGGACCUAAUUGAUGCUGUGACGGGGCUCAGCGGUAGCAGGCCUGCCUGUGCAUUCAUGGCCCUCGAUGUGUUGGCUGAUGGUGGGGUGAAGAUGGGCCUGCCACGGCGUUUGGCAGUCCGACUGGGGGCCCAGGCUUUGUUGGGGGCUGCCAAGAUGUUGCUAGACUCAGAGCAGCACCCAGGCCAGCUCAAGGACAAUGUCUGCUCCCCGGGGGGUGCCACCAUCCAUGCCUUGCACUUCCUGGAGAGUGGGGGCUUCCGCUCCUUGCUCAUCAAUGCAGUUGAGGCCUCUUGCGUCCGAACACGAGAGUUACAGUCCAUGACUGACCAAGAAAAGAUCUCCCCAGCUGCGCUCAAGAAGACCCUCCUUGACAGAGUGAAGCUGGAGUCCCCCACGGUGUCCACACUGCCCCAUUCCAGCUCAGGGAGGCUCCUCACAAGAAAUCACGCCCCAGGAGACAAGGACUGAGGCAGCUUCUGCCUGCCUUUUAUGAGUAGGGCCCUCAACUCAUGGGGGCUGGGCAGCUCCGGCAGGCUCAGAUAGUUUCAGGUCCUUGUGCUAAAUCCUCCUUAAGUCCAUCCAGACCCUGCAGCUCUAGACUGCCUCCCCUGCCAUGUUGGGAGAUGCUCUGAAGAGAGAGUUGAUGCUUGGGUCAGAUGCAGUUCAGCAGACCUCCUGCUGCUGGAGGAGAGAGGCAUGGUAAGGUCUGGAGAGGAGGGAGGUCAUGACAGCUUCAACUGGGGUCCUCUAGCUGGAGCCCAAGGCAGGGUCAGUGUAAUGCCAAGCCAGGGGGGUGAGAGGUGCAAACAUGACAAGGACUUUUCUCUUUGGAUUGAUAAAUGGAAAAAAAGUGAGUGACUUAGAAUUGUCACAAUUAAUCAGAAACAGAAAAGUAGACUGUGCUUAUAUUUAACCCCCGCUUCAUAGGUGUACAGUUGAAAAAGUAUUCUGUACUGCUAAGUUGAGCUGCUUUAAUAAAGGUUUGUUUUGUAUUGCCCUA